AUGGGCAUGGGUGUAGGCGGAGCCGCGAGCCGGCGCGGAGCAGAGGAGGCCCGUGGCCGAGCUGGCGGGGCCGGCGAGCGGCGAGCCGGCCCGGCGCGCGCGGGGGAGGCGUGGGCGGGUCGGGGGCCGUGGAGCCGCGCGGCGGACGGAGGCGGGCGAGCAGGCGAGGCCGCCUGGCGCCGGAGCCGCAGUCGGUCGGGGCGGCGGGCGGACAGGAGGGGCCGUCAGGCGCCGGGGCUGGAGUCGGCCGGGGCGGCGGGCGGGCAGGCGAAGCCGCCUGGCUCUAGAGCCGGAGUCGGCCGGGGCGGCGGGCGCGCAGGUCUUAGCCGCCAGGCGCCGGGGCCGGAGUCUGCCGGGUCGGCGGGCGGGCAGGCGAAGCCGCCAAGCGCCGGGGCGGGGGUCGGCCGGGGCGGCGGGCGGGCAGGCGAAGCCGACUAG